UAUGGAUAAUGUCUGCAAGUCAAUUAAAUUAUUGAGUCGCCCGCAACGCUGACUGUUGUUACGCAGCUAGUGACUUGCAGGUGGAUAUGCAUAUACACUGUGUCAAGGUCACGGUAUUAUAGAGACGUAUUCGGGAUGAUUACCGCGUGUGUGUGUGUGUGUGUGUGUGUGUGUGUGUUACCGAAAUGAAUCAGAAAGCAUGAUCGUACACAUGCCAAAUUCACACACACUCAUACAGAUCGAGAAAGUUCACUAAUAGACACGAGGAAUGGAUCUCUGAGAAGUGAAACCCUGAAGAACCAGCCAGUGAUCCGAGGAAUUUAAUAGUGGUGGGAAAGGAGAAGAAUAAGAAAAAGACAGAGAAGAUAAAGCCAGCAGUCGGCCUAACACAAAUGACACCAACACACCCGGAGAAGAGUGCACAACAAUCUUGACGGGAGUGCAAAACCAACUUCCAGAUCGUCACAGCGGCUGAACAUUCCAUCCCACCUGGAUACGACAAAUUGACAACACAACACAAGACAGCCUCAGUCGCCUGAACUUGAGCACGAACCCUCGAAUACCAUGGAACGUAGAAUUCUCAUAACAAACUAAGACGCGUGAGAGAAUGAGGGCGAGGGAUAGAGGAGGGAGAGGUGAGUUGGGGGAGAGAGGAGAAGCGCUUGUGAGAGAGGGAGAGGAGAGUGGGAGAGAGGCACUCACUUUCAGUCGCUCUCACCUCACCACCACCACCACAACCAACACCACCAUCACUGCCGUCACAACAACAACAACAACGACAGCGACAACGAAGCGAUGACUUACGGUGGCCCACAAGACUGUCCCUUCCCACAUGGGGCCGACGUGUGUGUGAGCGGUGCCUUGCCUGAGCCACCCCGUGUAGGAUUGCAGGUCUGGUACAUAGAUAGAUGGGGCACCAUCACAGCCAAUGAGAAUUUCGACGCCGAGAAAUCCUGCCUGAGGUUCCGCAAGGCGAUGAAGGGGCUGGGGACUGACUUCUCCGCCAUCACGAGGGAGACUGUGGCGCACGAGAACCUCCAGCGGCAGAUGAUCCGGGAGACUUACAUGAAGCACGGCAGGGACCUAAUCAAAGACCUGAAGAAGGAGCUUGGGGGGUCUUACGCAGACACAAUUCUUGCAUUGUUCGAGGCACCGUAUGAUCUGCUGGUGUCCGCCCUUCACUACGCGUUCAGGAGGGCGAGCACGGACGAGAAGGCUCUCACUGACAUCCUCUGCUGCCGCACCUCCGAGGAACUUGCGUCCAUAAAGGAACACUAUGAGAAUAGGUACAACAAGCCACUGGAUGACCAACUGGAGUCUGAGCUGAGUGGAGAGUUCCAGAUACUGAUGAGAAGUCUGGUGGCAGCGGACAGGGACCAGAGCCAGACGGUGGACGCUCCCAAAGCUAAAAGUGACGCCCAGAUGCUGUACGACGCAGGGGUGGGCAACAAGUCUGAGGAUGACACUGAGGACUUCAUCACAAUCUUCAACACGAGGAGCUACGCGCAGCUUCAGGAGACUUUCGAGGAGUAUCAGAGGUUGGCGGGGAGGCCCAUUGAGGACGCCAUCGAUACGGACUUCAGCGGGGACAUGCGCAAAGGACUCCUGGCCAUUGUUCAGCGUGUGCGGGAUCCUCUUGGAUUCUAUGCGGAGCGGCUCAACCAGACGAUGGCAGGGCCGGGCACGGACGACAAGGCGCUCAUCCGCAUCAUCGUGUCCCGCUCUGAGAUCGACUUGGCAGACAUCAAGGAGCGCUACAAGGAGAUGUACGACAGGGAGUUAGCGGAUGACGUGAGGGACGACACUAGCGGGGAAUACCAGAAGCUGCUACUUGCCAUCAUCAACAACUAGCAACACACCACUGCUAGUACCGGCUAGUCACGCCACACCUUGCUACACCACAACAGAGGGAGUGAUAAUCUGUUUCUCACCACUAGGGAUUCAACACCAGAACCUCUUUUACUAUUAAGAGGUAGCAAUAUCAUAAUCUUAAUCUUUUUACUGCGAUAUGUAGCAAUUCGCCUCACUAAAAGCAAAGCAUGGAAUCUUUAUAAGCAUCUACAAGAAUGAAGGGGAUAGAAAAGAUUAGAUAUUGCAAUGUCUAGCCACUACGAUGUUUAGAGGUGGCUGUAGCGUAAAACAAGCAAGGAUAUCAUAGAGUGUUUAGUAAUUACGGUGGAUGUAUCGAAGAGAAGUGAAAGGGUUAAUGGGAAAAGGCUUAGUGGACUUUCCCUCAUCACCAGUUGUUUGUAAUAUCACCAACACCACAUAAGCGUGACACAACACGCUCAUCUAGCAACACCAGUAACCAAAUACGAGAACUCGCUAUCACACACGACCAACAACACCUGCCAUCACCAGCUAGGAUCAUCGGCAGCACGCAGGAGGAACAGAAAAACUCCUUUUCAUCAUCAUCAUCACUACAACACUAAUAAUACAGUCACGGUCCAAUGUAGAGUAACACACCACAACACACUCACUCCCCCUGCGUUCGGUGUUCACCCUCAACCUGAAGUCCUCUGAUCUGUUGAGAAUCAUUCGUUGAGUUUUGUAAGACUGUCAGGGAACUUCAGGUUGAGUGCUGAAGGUUACGAGACUUGUGAACAUGACUGAAACCAGAGCCUGUUUUUCUCACCAGCUGUAGCAACACCACCACCACCACCAACACCAGGCUGGAGAAACAAAAUAAAUCGUCACUCUUGUUCUUAGCUACCACCACCAUCACCACCAGCACCACCUGCUAGCAAGAUCACUAACUACAGAACCAUCAGCUGCUUUUAAAUACCGUUAUUACCACUUUUAACGAGCUAAUUGACUGACAAAAGUAAACGAUGAAGAAAGAAACAAGUAAAGCACCAUUACUUACAUAUUUAUAAACUAGUUAAUUUAGAACCAUAGGAAGGCAGUAUCCACAAAACUUUCUAGACAUAAUGAUGAAGAGUUAAGUUAGAAAUAUAAUAUACUGUUUCUUUUGUAGUUUAUCAACUUAUUUAUUGAUUUAGCGGCGCCGCAACAAGAGGGUAACAAGACGCCACUUAAGGUUUGCAAAUUUAGUCAUGAUAAUUCUCGAAGCUUUAAGGAAAGUGCCUUAAUGAUGUCAAUAUUAAUACUGUUGUUAAUGUUAAUACUGAACUGUACGGAGGAAGGUUUAGAUUUUCAGUUAAAUAUCUCCAUCGUU